UGUAUUCGCAGACAACAAAUUCUACCAGCACUGUUAUAAAUUCACAUCUUUCCCCUGGCAAUUUCAAAUUCAUUGAAGUUUAGCCCUGGUUUUGGGUUUCAAAUGAUCAAAAGGCGAGCACUAGGCUUCAGUUUUUGAGUUGUUUUUUCAAAUUCAAAACAUGGCAUCUGCUAUGGUUGUUCUUGUUGUUUCUAACCAUGUUGGGAUGAUGACACAACAGAUACACAAGCAGGCUUCAUCUGUGCUAAACCUCAGAAGGCUUUUUGAAUGGAUGAACAAGACUCUCCGAAAAACAGAGAUUCAAAGUGCACACGAGGGGUUCGUGAAAAGCUGGCUGCUGAAUGUUGUGGAGAUUGCUUUGGAUGCAGAGGGCAUACUGGACGAAUGCGGUAUUGAAUCUCAAGGUACAGAUAAUGGAAACCCUCAAUCCUGUUGUGUCUUUGCUUUCACUUGUUCUCAAUUAAUCUAUCAUUAUCAAAUGGGACGUUGGAUUAAAGUGGGGAAAGAUAGAAUGAGAUCAAUUAUGGGAGAUGCAGGGGAGCUCAAGCUUGUUGGGGGUUUGAUUCAUUCAGAUCAGGGCUUUAUGGGUACAGCGCAGUAUGUAAAGUGGGGGAGAGCAAGUCUAAUGGAGAGUGAUUCGAAACCCGUGGCUAUUGAGCCCAAGUUUGAAAAUGCCCUUAGCCUUCUGGAUGGCCACGUGGUUUCAGUCAUUGUUUGUGUUGGAAUGGGAGGUACGGGGAAAACUUUUCUACUGCAACAUGUCUUCAACAGAAGAAAGGACAGGUUUGAGAAAGCAAUCGGGCUUUCUGUUUCUCAGACUUACUCUCUUCAAAAGUUGCAAGCUGCUUUCGCCUUGAAAAUAGGUUUGAAUGAGGUCGUUAAGGGAAGGGUAGAUGAGGUGCAGGCAGCAGAGUUGAUUCAUGACUGCCUAAAAAGCAGAGGGUCUUUGAUUGUGUUGGAUGAUGUGUGGAGGGCAACUAGGGAAGCUAGCUUGGUAUUUGCACUCGACCUUCCAGCUCGGAACGACACACAGUGCAAAAUUGUGGUGAGUGCACGAAGCAGAGAUGUGUGCAGAAGGAUGAAUGCUUCUGAUUAUCAAGUGCAACAUAUGACAGAUGAAGAGAGUUGGAAGCUGUUUUGUGCUUUUGCCUUCUCUCACUGCCAGCAAAAUCAACCGCCACAUCAACUUGAAGGGAUUGCUCGUCAAAUCGAUGGGGAAUGUGCGAGAUUGCCCAUGGAAGAUUAAACAGUGGCAGCGUCUCUGGUGGGAAAGAGAUUGUCAAGGGAAUGAGAAUCCAAAUUGGGGCAGCUGAGAGCGGCAUCUUAUAUUGAGGAUCCAAUUAUGCAGAUUCUCAAGUUGAGUUAUGAUUCUCUCUCUGCCCAUCUUAAACCUUGUUUUGCAUUUCCUUCUUUCCCGAGGAUGAGGAAAUAGAUCUCAAAUAUCCGAGAGUUGCUGAAAAAUACAUUCCUCAAGCGAGUUUCACGAACUGUGUUUGGUGCAGAAAGCAAGCUAGAUAAAUUGUUCAAAUUGCAUGAUUUAUUGCUUGAUUUGGCCAUUAGUAUAUCAAAAAGAGGACCAGCUAGAUAUUGGAUGGAGUUAUUGCUUGAUUUGGCCAUUAGUAUAUCAAAAAGAGGACCAGCUAGAUAUUGGAUGGAGUUAUAUAUGUCAUCUUCACAAGUUCUGGUUGGUACAGAAAGCAAGUGAUUUUUGGUCAUCUAGAUAAAAAUUUUAUCUUCAAAUUGCAUGAUUUAUUGCUUGAUUUGGCCAUUAGCAAAUGUGCAUUUAGUGUGGAGGAAUCAAAUGAGUAGCAGGUUUUGUAGGAUUUUGUUGGGUAAGAAAAACAUUGUUAAUGGCAAGCAACAGGGCAUAUUCUGCCAUGUUUUUGUACUCUAUCAUCCUCACAAAAUAGAGGCAUUCAAAAUAUUCCAGCAAUCUUGCUUAGCGAGGUGACAAAACUAUGAAUUUUGUAUUGAGUUCCAUUCACAUCUAGUCAUUGCCCACCUGUGUUGGAAAUUUUAAGCUCCUCGGAGUUUUGAAUUUAAGGGGGACACAAAUUAACCAUGUACCAGAAGCUGUAAAAAAUAACAAGUCUUCGCUUCCUUGACAUUUCUGGGUGCAAGAAUCUAGAACGGUUGUCUCAGUGGACGGGUGAACUUAAUUGCCCAGAACAUCUGAAUAUAUGCAAAUUUGAGGACCGAUGCCAAGGGAAUAUCAAAGCUUGUUUCUUUAUCAGUACCGAGAUUAGAUUUCUACUUCAAACUAUCUGUUUAAGAGAAUGAAUUCUUAAAUCUGGAACAUUUUUAAACUAUCUGUUGAAGAGAAUGGAUUCUUAAAUGUAGAACAUUUUGUCAAUUUGAUCAAACUAUUUGUUGAAGAGAAUGAAUUCUUAAAUCUGGAACAUUUUGUCAAUUGGUCGAACUAUCAGUUGAAGAGAAUGAAUUCAUAAACUUGGAACAUGUUGUCAAUCUGAUCAAACUAUCUGUUGAGGAGAAUGAAUUCUUAAAUCUGAAACAUAUUUUAAAUUGAUCAACCUCCAUGAAGUGACUAUAGAUAUUAAGGCUGAAUUAAAAAGUUGGAGUAUGUUUCAAUUGAUCAACCUCCAUGAAGUGAGUCUAGAUAUCAAGGCCGAAUUGAAAAGAUGGAAUUCUUGCCUCGACAAUAUCCAAUGUGAUCGCAGAUUAUGCUGAUGUAUGUAAUCUUCCGCACCUAUUGGAGAAAAUGUUAGCUAUGAAGAAUCUUGAAUUCCUUAGGCUGGAUUGUUUUGCAGUGCCAAAAUGAAUCUAUGGCUUCUCAAAUCUGAUGCAAUUGCACUUAUGCAGCUGCCAUUGUGCCAGAAUUAGAUGAUGGAGUGGGCCUCACCUUGAGGUACUGUAUGUAUAUGACUUUCACAAUCUGAAGAAAGUUCCACAUUGAUUGGAGAUCCAGAAAGUCUUAAACCCAAAUAUAUUAGAGAAGGGUAGGGAAUUCAGGAAUACAAUGAAAGCCAAUAACCCCAAUGUCUCCAUUCUCCUCUAAGGAAAUAGAGCUUGAAUAGUUGGUAAGUGAGCUUCUUCUCCUGAGAGCAUUCUAAUGCAGAAUGACUUAAAGUAUUUUUAUAAUCUCCUUCCACAGUCUAGAUUAUCACCUCAUAAAUUAUUUCAUAAACAUAAAGAAUUUAGCCAUUAUUUUAAACCUUACAAAAUGUAGGCAACAGAUUAAUCUGGAAGUGUUUGAACAGAGCCAGGAACAUGUGUCCAUGCAAACAGAGUGCUUGUGAAGAGGUACAUAUUACUAUCCAAAUAUCAAUUAAUGAGCAAAGAUCUCUUAUAGAUCCAUUUAUUUUUGUGAACAUAUGAAUCAAACACCUUAAGCAAACUUCACAUAAUAGUGAGUUGUACUUUGUUCAAUAUGAAUUUUUAGAAGGGUUGUAUGCUUAUUUUCUGAUUUAUAAAAUUAAAGGGAAAAAGUGUCGAGGUUAAAAAAAUUGUUGCAUAUGAAUUGAAAUGUUAAUGUGUGUAAUUUUUAGGUUUUUAUUGUUGAAGUUAAAUGUUGCUUUGCAAAUUGUGCAAAGGGGUUUGGGCAGGAUGCUGUAGAUUUUAUUACUUCUUAUAUUUUUGUCAUACGUUUUCAAAGACAAGUGUCCUCCAUGAUUACAGACAAGUGUCCUGCAGAGCAAAGAAUGCAUACAGAUGUUCUUUUCAAUGAAACAAAUGUGCAGUGUAGUAUGAAGUUAAAAUGUGAGUUUUGUUUUUCAAAUAGAACUUUCAAAUGACUGUGACCAAGCUUUGAGAACAUUUAAAUAGGCUUUAUACUUUUAGCGACUGCGGCCAAGUCCUGAGAGUUCUUUAACAAAUUAAGAGAUAAAUAUCAUCGGUUGGCUUCCGCCCAAGAAUUGCUUUGAAAAUGUAGCAACAGCUAGAAAUGGAAGAUCAUUCUAAUGCCACAUAUACAUGGGGUGAUUUGGAAUCUCAAAUUCAGGCAGAUAGCAAUGGAGUAGUAUGUUUAAAAAUUCAAGUACCAUGUCAUUCUAAUGCCACAUAUACAUGGGGUGAUUUGGAAUCUCAAAUUCAGGCAGAUAGCAAUGGAGUAGUAUGUUUAAAAAUUCAAGUACCAUGGAUACAUGGCUAAAAUGAUCAUAAAACCAUCAAUGAUUGGAAAUAUUUUCUUGUUUCAUACAUAACUUUUACAAUUUCCUACUCGACGAUUCCUCCAAUGAAAUUGUAUCCUCAGCAACAGUCUCGCUAGAAAGAUUAUCUAGUAGGACUUCUCAUCACUACAUACAAUAUCUAACCUCCAACAAGAAAAAUGGGCAGAUUAAACCAUCAAGUUAUUCAGGAUUUUUCAGUGUAAUGAACAGACCCAUUCGCAAGAAACUCAAGAUCGGUCUGUCAUAUGUAAUAUGGGAUGAAUUGCUGGGCGUUGUUUUCGAUGCUCUGGCUAUUGAUUUCAUGCAGAGUGCAGUUGAUAAGAUCACUCUGAUGUAAACAAAUAGCAGAUUAAACAAACUAUGCUGCCUACUCAAGCUGUCCUAAUAUGACAAAAACACAUAUCUGCAUAGAUAUUUCUUAGUCAAGUAUUACUAGAAUGGUGAAACCUUACGUGAUCAUGUUUCGUAGAUUUAAGUGAUCUCAUUCAGAGGUUACACUUGAGCCUCAUUGUGGCAAACAACUGAGGAUUCAAGCCUGAGAGAUGAGGGAUUUGACGUUACUUGCUUAGGCCCUAGUCAUGACUUUGUUGCAGAGCUAUGUGAUCAUUCAGUGUUAUAGUUGCUGAUUUUUAGUGGUUACCUUGGCACAAUUUCCUUGCAUUUGAUGGGCAUAUUGUUGAGCACCAUAUAUAAUAACUUGAUUGUUGGUUUUCUGUGAUAAUGAGUUUGGAUUUGUAGUUCGAGAAAUAUCUAUGAUUCUUAAACUAGAAGUUUAUAAUAGACUCUGAUUGGGCUA